AUGACCCAGGGAAAGCUCUCCGUGGCUAACAAGGCCCCCGGGACCGAGGGCCAGCAGCAGGCGAACGGUGAGAAGAAGGAGGCUCCGGCAGUGCCGUCGGCCCCGCCCUCCUACGAGGAGGCCACCUCUGCGGAGGGGCUGAAGGCAGGGGCCUUCCCUGCAGCCCCUGCGGCGGUGCCUCUCCACCCCAGCUGGGCCUAUGUGGACCCUAGCAGCAGCUCGAGCUAUGAGAGCGGUUUUCCCACCGGAGACCAUGAGCUCUUCACCACCUUCAGUUGGGAUGACCAGCAAGUUCGCCGAGUCUUCAUCAGAAAGGUCUAUACUAUCCUGCUGAUCCAGCUGCUGGUGACCGUGAGUGUCGUGGCGCUCUUUACCUUCUGCGACCCCGUUAAGGACUAUAUCCAGGCUAACCCAGGCUGGUACUGGGCCUCCUAUGUUGUAUUCUUUGUGACCUACCUGACCCUGGCCUGUUGUUCUGGACCGAGGAGAUAUUUCCCCUGGAACAUGAUUCUUCUGACCAUCUUUACCCUGUCCAUGGCCUACCUCACUGGGAUGCUGUCCAGUUACUACAACACCACCUCGGUGCUGCUGUGCCUGAGCAUCACAGCCCUCGUCUGCCUCUCCGUCACCAUCUUCAGCUUCCAGACCAAGUUUGACUUCACCUCCUGCCAGGGUGUGCUCUUCGUGCUGCUCAUGACUCUCUUCUUCAGUGGACUCAUCCUGGCCAUCCUCCUGCCCUUUCAAUAUGUGCCCUGGCUCCACGCAGUGUAUGCCGUGCUGGGAGCAGGCGUGUUUACAUUGUUCCUGGCAUUUGACACGCAGUUGCUGAUGGGUAACCGACGCCACACGCUGAGCCCCGAAGAGUAUGUUUUUGGAGCCCUCAACAUUUACCUAGACAUCAUCUACAUCUUCACCUUCUUCCUCCAGAUUUUUGGCACCAGCCGGGAAUGAGGAGCUCCUCCCACCACCUCUCCCUUCAGAGAAUGCUCCCUCGCUGGCCCUCUGACCCUCCCUGUGCUCCCGUAAGCCCAGAUAUAAACUAGCUGCCAGCCCGGCCUGUGGCCAGCCUGCUCACUCCCUCGCCUACCCCUCAUCCUCACCCUCUGUAGCUUGUAUCCACGCCCUGAGGGGCCCUGCAGAACCAAGGUCACCCCAUGCCCUGUGCCACCCUUUCCCCCCAGUUACAUCUCCCAGACUGAGACAGUCCAGGCUGGAGGCUCCUCUGGGUUUGAGGACCCAAGGGACAAGGGAGAGGAGAGCAGCAGGAUUUCAGAGGGAAAGAGACCCUAGGAAGCCUGGCUGAGGGCUGCACCCCACUAAGAUUCCUCCUAAAGCUGCCACGGCGUUGUGACCGUGGGGCACACUGUCCUGCGUCCUGGACACCCUCCUCUCUCUCUUUCCAGGUCAGGCUUUGUAAGGAAGGGGGUCGGGGCAUGGCUGGGAGAUCAGGUGAGGGUGCUCCGCGGGGUGGUGGAGGGGAGGUGGGUAGGCAGGAUGGCUGUCCCAGGCUGCCCAUCUUCUCUCAGCUCUGAGACUAAUGGCUUGUUCUAGGGACUGGAGCCCUGGGGCCAAGAGCACCCAGAGAGGCAUAGGAAGGCAGUGCCAUCUACCUCCUGGGUCAUGACAGAGCAGUUGGGGUGGGAGCAGGAGGUCCUGCUCCUAAGUGGACCCCAAGGGAGGUGGGCGCAGGGCAGCCAACUGGGAGGUCUGGGCUCUGCAGUCCUGCCAGGUCACCCCGACCUGCACCCACCCGGGAGGCCUGUGGGCUGGCAGGACUGAGACCUAUUCCUCUCACCCUCUUCUCUGGGCCCCCAGGAUGCUCCCACAGGCCUGGGGCGAGUGCUGUGCCCUAGAGGACUGGAUGUUCUGAGGGAGGGAGGGUCAUUCUGACUGAGCCAGCCCCAUCUGGAGGGAAUCCUACCCUGCCCCCAGCCCUUCCACAGGGCCUUUCCACACAUCCCAUUUCUUAAACCCUCCCCCAUCUCACGCCAUUUGCUGGCUUACCCCUAGCCAGGCCUCCUGAGGCCUCAGUUGGUUGUGCCUAUGUCCCUUUCCCUAGCUUCUCUGGCCACUCAGCACAGAGUCCCUAAGCCCCCUCCACUCCUUAUCUCCUCAUCUCCCUAAUUUGGAAACGAUCCAGCCAGGGCCAGUCCCACGUGAUGAGGCCUGGGCUCCUUAUCAGCCUCUAGGCGGCUGAGAUCUCCGGCAGGGAAUGCGUCAGCCACCCAGCCCCCUGCAGGCCCUGUUGGGGAGGGGACCAGGGGCCACGCCUGGGGGAAGCGUGCAGCCAGUGCAGCCAGCACGUGCGAGCAGCCAACCCUAGGCCAGUGGAAAGUUACUGGGUGGGGUCAGGGAGGUUCAGAGUGGAUUCCUCUCCCUCUAGAUACCUCUUACCCCUGUCUGAGGGGCCUGUUUGCCCGUGGGGAGGAUGACUACGUAAGCUGUCUGUGUUCCCAACCCCUCCCUCCCCACCCUUCCUAUUUUCAGCUUUCAAGAAAUAUUGCAGAAGUUUUAUUGCACCGUGGGUAUUUGAGGGAAUAAGGAACCAAGAAAUGAUGGUGGUGUUUGUGGGUGAGAUAAAGGCAAUCGUGAGCAUGGGUGAGAUGCCUACUGUGUGUUGUCCUAAAUUAAUCCAUUUCAGCCCUCCUACACAGGUGGUUUUCAUCCAUUCCCAUGGCAGAGGUGAUCAAGGGGCUUGGAAAUGAGCCCAGGGUAGUAUAGCUAACAGACUGGGUGGGGCUGCAAUGAGGUUGCAUGGUGGUCAGGCCCUGGGCGUUACUGGGGAUUUGUCAUCCUCGGUGCCAACCCUGGCCUUCCAUCUCCCCUCCCACUGCUGCUACCAGUUUUCCACUCCGUGGUUUCCACCUUCUGGACACACGCUGGGCGGCCGGGUUCUGGUGCUGAUUCCCAGCCUCACUGCCCGCGGCGUCAGGCGAGUGUUUCUUGCUCUCUGUGAUUCACAAUUGCUAUCAGCAAGAAGGAAGACCAUGACCAGGGUGGCACAGGGGAGGCACCAGAACACGUAUUUCCACGAAUACCCUCAUCCAGUUGCCCCUUCGUUCCUCUCCUGAUCUCUUGCCCCGGUUCUGAGGGGUCAGAAUUCCCCCCCUUAGCCCUGCCACUCUCAGGCUAGGCCUUGGUCUUGCUUCUCAGAAUCCCUUCCCCAAGCCCUUCUCUUCCCAGGACAGUUUAUACAGAAGCUGGGACUUGAGAAGCUUAUGUGAGGCUGAGCUCCAAGAGCUGGGCAGAGGGGAGGAGGGGAAGCCCGUGAUGAAGGGGCAGCUCAGGGCCAUCACGAAGCAGAGUGUGCUGCAGCCUGCCCCUCUGGGUCCUGAGGGCACACUGAGCUGGCAGCAGAGAGUUCCACCUCCAUCCAAGCCCUGAGGAGCCCCAGGAACACCCGGAUGGGACUUGGAAGGAGGAAGGGCAGGGGAGCAGGAAUGCAGGAUUAAUGGAAACCUGAGAAACCUAAAAUGGGCAGGUGUCACAAGCUGCAGAGGAGGAGGGGACCUGCUGGCCCCUCACAUUUUUGGCAGGGGUGGGACUGGGUCCAGGAAGGGGUAGGUUGGGUUUCAUAAAGCUAGAGGCAGCCAGGAAUCUGGCCGUCUGUGAUGUGAGGUCAGAGGUCUCCUGCUGAGGGGAAGAGAGACCAAGAGAUCCGCUCUGGAGUUUGCAGAUUGGGGACUUCCACACUGAUUCCCAGGUGUGUGCUUGCCUCCUCCUGUAUCGCCUGGGGAAGCCCCCCGGGAAUCUUGGCUCUUCCAUCCUCUGCGUUUCCUCCCAGGGGAGUCAGGAUCGGACAGACGCCCUUACCCCAAAAUGCUCCGUCUCUCCCUCCCUGGCCACCUGGAACAAGUCCCAAGGCUCUCAGCUCUCCAGCUGGGCUGGGCUGGGCUGUCACACCAGCACUUUGCUGCCCCUUGGUGGCCGCCUGAGGAAAAGCAGGGCCUGGUUCUGUGCGAGAAGCUGGGUGCCCUAUGGCAGGAGUUGUGGGCAGGCUUCCAUUCCUGGCUCUCCUCUGACCUCCCCAGACCUCUCAUCAGCCUCCAGCUUUCCCUGUAGUCCAACCAUUGUCGCACCUCUCGGACACUGCUUACCUGUCUGCUGUAAACCACUGUGCGCCACCUGACCCUGGAGCUUCCUCCCAGCGUCUGAGGACAGACACACAUCCUCAGCUACCCUUCCCUGUCCGUGACUGAUGGGAGAUAAGAAUAAAAGUAAUAUGACACUC